CUAAUGUGAUAUGAGCCAACCCUGCUGCUGGGUUCAGCUGCCGUGAUGGACAGCCACCGAUACGAGGUAUAAAAGCAGCAUGGGCAGAUGACUUUCACCUCAUAUCCCUCGUUCCUAUCCACUUGAACCAACCAUUCUCACACCUACUGGUCAACUUUGCAGUCCUACUAUAUCAACAUGCCCGACAUCGACCUCCCCUCCAAAAUCCGCAGUGUGAUCAAAGAACCCCACGGCGUAGUCAACCGUCUCAAUACCUCCCGUAUCCCUCUUUGUCUCCCACCCAACGCCACCUCUCCCAUCCUCUAUGCUUUAGGCUUCUCCCGCUAUGCCGAGAUCUACCUCGGUUUCGAAGAAGCCUGGCAGACCCAGCUCGCGACACCCCCCAUAACUCCCAGCCAGAGCUCCAUGCCACCGAACGAGAGAAUCCGCGACAUUCUCCACAAGAUCUACAUUCCGGAGCUUCAACGCUCCAGUCGCGUGAAGGCCGAUCUCGCCUCUUUACCCAAGCUGCCUGAUACCACCCAACACCGUAACUCUGGCCAAGCGUUCCGAAGGUAUAUCAACACACGCAUCCAAGAAAAGCCCCAUCUCAUAGUCGCAUAUGCCUGGAUCAUGUACUCUGCGGUAUUCAACGGCGGACGGUGGAUUCGGGGGCUACUGUGUGACGCGGGCCCGGAGUUUUGGGGCCUGCAAGAGGGUAAGUUACAUGUCUGGGAGGAGGGGCGGUUUCCGCCGCCGUUAUCUUUCUGGCAGAUUGAGGGAGAGAGGUAGGGAGAUGAUGGGGGUGUGAAGGACGAGUUUCGCAGGAGGGUGGUGCAGGCGGAUGCGAUGUUAACGGAGGAAGAACGGCAGGAGAUUCUCGAUGAGACGCUAGUGAUCAUUAGGCGGAGUGCGGAGAUCACUCUAGAAUUAGAUCGAGAUGUGGCUGAGAUGUAUAUCUCGACUGCUAGUGAUGCUUUGGGUAAGGA